CCAACUACGCGAACCAACCAGGAUGCAGGACGGAGACAAGGGGACCCUCUGGCGGGAAAUUUUCCGCGCGAAAUACGACGAGCAUUUCUUUGUGGAGCGUUACGGGUGGUUCGACAGAAGGUAGACAUUUAAAUCCUAGUCAUCUGGAGGAUUUAAAGGGCAUCGUUGAUUCCAUUUGUGCCGGAUACCUUCAGAUAACCCUGCUUGGCGUCUUGGAUGACACAGUUUUAGUGCAGUUGUCGCAAAUGACUGAUAUUUUCUAUCAGUUAUGAGAGCCUUUGUGCCACACGAUGAUGACGACUAAACAGAAUGGAUCGCUUCGUCAGGAACUAUCGAAAGGAAGUUUCAAGACUCCUAUUGCUAAAGGAUCGAGUAAACCAUGGAUGGGACGCAGCCAAGUACCAAUCAUAAUGGACGAGUAUGGUCAAACCCCGGAUCACUUUUACCUAUCUCGGAAUCUGCCGAAACCGCCAGCACAUAGGAAUCAGGUAAAACGUCGACUAGACAUGGAAUCACCAGUGAAGCCGGCAAAGAAGGGUCGUCCACCCAGUAGCCCUCCGAGAGUGACGCAGGAACGGAACAGAUAUGACACCUCUUUGGGCUUGCUGACCAAAAAGUUCGUCAGUUUGCUACGAGGAGCACCUGAUGGGGUCGUGGAUCUUAACAAGGCAUCAGAGUCAUUGCGAGUUCAGAAGAGGCGCAUCUACGACAUUACAAAUGUCCUCGAGGGGGUCGGACUCAUCGAAAAGAAGUCCAAGAACAAUAUCAAGUGGAGAGAAGGUCGUGGCAAUGGCUUUGCCAGGGCACAGCACGCCUUGGAGAUGGAAUUAAAUCAAUUGGAAUCCAAAGAGAACAUUCUAGAUGAGCUGUUACACAAGGCCACCAUUGACCUUGGAGUACUCACUGAGAAUCAGGACAAGAAGCUUGCAUACGUCACUUACCGUGAUCUCCGAAGCAUUAGCUCCCUGGACAACCAGACCGUGAUCGCUGUCAAGGCCCCACCUGAGACCAAACUGGAGGUUCCUGACCCAAGAAAGAAUCUGCAAAUCUGGCUCAAGAGUGAGAAAGGGGAAAUCGAAGUGUACUUGUCAAACGCUGAGGAACAUUUGGAGCAACCUUCUUCGGAUAGCUUCCACGGAGACCCAGCCCUGAAGCAUGCCCUCAUUUCUGAGGAUGAUGAUUUUGCUCCUAUGGGGAAAAACUUUCUCCUGGAAACGGAAGAUCAGAACUUUGUCCAUUUGGAACCGCCCCUUUCAGAAGAAGAUUACAACUUUACCCUGGACCAGGCAGAGGGCAUUGCCGACCUCUUCGAUGACUAUGACCUUUGUUUCUCAGAAAUGUGUGCAAAGUGAAUCUAGUUUUUAACCAAUUUUAAGCUUUUCGAUGCACUUUGUUUUUUGCCAAGUUUUUAAAACUACUUUUUAGUGCCACCAUUGUAGUACAAAGCCAGACUUUUCUGGGGUUCUGGUGACGUGUAUAAUAUAUAUACUUCGACCUAUUUUUCCUUUUAUCGUAGCAGUUUGCUUGCCAAAGAAAAGUUGUCCCUGCAUGUAUAUAAUGUAACAUAUUUCUGUACAUAAUUGUGUUGGCCAUAAAAUAAAAAGUUGUGAACCCUC